UAGAGGAGGAGCAUCAGCUGUGCUCUGCUCCUUGCCCAGUAAGUACCCAGACUCAGACUCCGUCAUCUAACACAGGUGGAGGAGAGGAAGAGAAGACCACAGCUGGAGAGAUGAGAGCAUCCCAGAGGCUGUCCCUGGUGGGCUUUCUCCUCUUUUUUCUCUUCCCUGCUCACCUCUGUGAGAUCUGUGCGGCAGACAACGAACAGCAGACCAGCCUGGCUCCUCUGAUGGCCACAAUGAUUCAGUCCAGGCAGCCCUUCUCAGAGGUAGAUCCCAGCAUCCUGAUUGCCCUCCAGCUGGCAAGGCAACAUGACCAGAAGGCCGAGACAACCUUCCUCAACCGAGUCAAACAAAACAUCAGACAACGUGGCUCUCAGUCUGCUGAGUCGGUUCGAGGCCAUGGACCUGGGUACACCUUCCGCAGCAUAGAGCAGAUGAACGGAUACCCUAUCUGA